GGGAAAGGGAGUGACGAGCGACUACAAGCGACUACGAAUUACAAUUAGCGACACAACAGAUGAAAGCGUGACGUGAAUACGUCGGCUUGCCAUAUCGCGUCGAGAUAAUGUCGUUCGAGAAGAGAAACGUUGUCCGUUUGUAAAGGCAGGGUAUACAGAGCGCCCCGUAUAUUAAUCCGGGCACUGUUUAUUCGCGCAGUUGCCAGAAAAUGGAAGCGGAUUAUCAACCAACGGUCAGCCCAACGCGAACUUUGACAGCAAUAGCUAAUGACGUCGAAGACCCAUAUCCAAGUUUGUCGGAUUAUCAUGAUUAUGAGCCCAACUUGGAGUUCGAUGAUACGGAGUUACAAACUACUUCGAACAACGAAGAAAAAUUGGAUUUGAUUAGCACUGGUGCUGGUACCAGGAUCAAUUAUCUGGAGAGUCCAGUGAGCGAUGGGACGAUCGAAGAGAACUUUGAAGAAGCUUUGGUAGAUGCUCCAGUUAUCGAAUCCGCAGAGGAUCUUGCUGCAUUGGACGGUGACCUUGCAGACGAAGAAGAUUAUAUCGAUAUAUCGAGAUACGGUAUUGUAGAAGUGGUUGGAGAUGAUAGUGCCGGUCGCAAAGUAAUAGUCGUAUCCGCAUGCAAGUUACCUCCUGUUGGAAAAGAAGCAUUUAAUCAUGCCAAGCUCCUCAGGUAUCUUACCCAUACUUUAGACACAUUUGUGGAACAGGACUAUAGCCUUGUUUAUUUUCACUAUGGUCUCACCUCUAAAAAUAAACCGCCAUUGUCCUGGUUAUGGCAAGCAUAUAAAGCUUUUGAUAGAAAGUAUAAAAAGAAUUUAAAAGCUUUAUAUUUAGUGCAUCCAACCAAUUUCAUCAGAAUCGUAUGGCAAAUAUUUAAGCCGGCUAUUAGUGCGAAAUUUGGUCGUAAAAUGAUGUAUGUUAAUUACUUGGAAGAACUGGCACAAUAUAUUAACCUCGAUCAACUUAUUAUACCUCCUCAAGUAAUAGAACAUAAUGAACAGCUAAUGUUAAAGAAUAAAAAGAAUUUACCUACGAGUCCGCCUCAGAGUACGGUAGCAACACCAGUUGGUACCACUCAAUUUGGAGCAAGCCUUUUCUUCAUAAAAGAAAACAACAAUGGUGAUCCUAUACCACCUAUAGUACGGCAGUGUGUUGAAUUUCUCGAUACUCCCGAUGCAUUAGAAACAGAAGGAAUAUUUAGACGAUCAGCUAAUGUAACAGUAAUCAAAGAACUCCAGAAUCGUUGUAAUCAAGGAUUACCUGUCGAUUUCCGUGGAGAUCCACAUAUAGCAGCAGUUCUUCUCAAAACAUGUCUACGUGAAUUAGACGAACCACUAAUGACAUAUGAACUGUACGAUGAAAUCACACAAUUUCAGACUCUUUCAAAAGAUGAACGUCCAAGGAAAGUAAAAAUUUUAAUACUUGAGAAACUACCGGAAGACAACUAUCAAGUUUUAAAAUAUAUUGUACAAUUUUUGUCAAGGGUGAUGGAUAGAUGUGAUUUAAACAAAAUGACAUCCAGCAAUCUUGCUGUGGUAUUUGGUCCAAAUCUUGUCAGAGCACCACCAUCCCGUGGAAUGUCACUCUCAGCAAUAGGUCCUAUUAACCAAUUCAUAGAUUUUCUAUUCAUUCAUCGAGAUACAAUAUUUAUUAUUUAAAAAGAUUCUAGAAUCAAAUUUUGGAGGCCUAAUUUGAAACGAAAUUAGUACUAUCUAUGUUAUAGGAGAGAAAUCCUACAAAUUUUGCUGCCAAGUUUGAUAUUGUAUAAAAUAACAAACUAACUUCGAAGGAAAAUUUUAUAGGGUUUUUAAUGAAAGGUUCGACAAGUAUUUGAGAUCUUCAUCUUAGAGUAUAAAAAAAAAGAACAAAGGAGUCUUAUUUAUCAUUUUUAACUCUUCGAAGUCAUAUCAGACUUGUUGGAACUUGAAGAACGAACAUAACAAAUCAUGUAUAAUAUUCAUAUUUAAUUAUAACAUCCGUACUUCGUUGAUUAAAAUAUUUUUAUAUUUGAA